GAACAGUGAGUCGUUUGGCCGUAUUGCUGAAGCAGCUUUGAAAGACUGAGAGCGAUUUGGGAUAAAUACUAGAGGCGCUGGCUAGACUUUGUGAAGCUGUCAAAUUGAGAGAUUCAUAACCAAGAUCGAGAUGGUGUCUUUGACGAUUCGCGAACGAGAGCGGGAGGAGGCCAAGGUUGACGAGAAUGGCUUCAAGGUGUUUGGCGCCGAGAUGAAGAAGGACUUUUUGUUUGCUCCCGAGUGGACGAACCUCAACCACGGCUCGUACGGCAGCAUCCCCAGAGCCAUCCAGGACAAGCUGCGAGGCUACCAGGACGACAUCGAAGCCCGUCCCGACCCCUUCAUCCGCUUCGCCCACGCAGGACUCACAGAUGAGUCACGCGAAGCCGUCGCAGGCGUCAUCAAUGCGCCCGUCGAAACAGUGGUCUUCGUCAACAAUGCGACCGAGGGUGUCAACACCGUGUUUCGUAACCUCAAGUGGGACACCGAUGGAAAGGACGUCGUGCUGUGCUUUUCCACCGUGUAUGAUGCGUGCGGCAAGGUGAUUGACUUUCUGUACGACUAUCAUGGCGAUGGACGCAUGUCAAGCCGCGAGAUUGCGAUAGAGUAUCCCAUCGAGGACGAUGAGAUUUUGCAGCGCUUCCGCGAUGCCGUGAAGAAGGUCCAGGACGAGGGUAAGCGCGCAAAGGUGUGCCUCUUCGAUGUCGUUUCGUCUCGGCCGGGCGUUUUGUUCCCCUGGGAGCGAAUGGUCAAGGCGUGUCGCGAGCUGGGCGUGUUGAGUCUCGUCGAUGGCGCGCAAGGUAUCGGAAUGGUGCACUUGAAUAUGGCCGAGGCUGAUCCCGACUUCUUCGUGUCCAACUGCCACAAGUGGCUCUAUACGCCGCGUGGGUGCGCCGUCUUUUAUGUGCCGGUGCGGAACCAACAUCUGUUGCCGACGACUCUGGCUACGAGCCACGGCUAUUCGUCGCAAAGCGGAGAUCACAACAUCCGCAAAGACCCGCCGGUGAAGCCCGCGAACAAGAGUUUCUUUGUCAAUAACUUUGAGUUCACGGGCACCAAAGACUAUGCGCCCAAUCUGUGUGUCAAGGACGCCGUGGCGUAUCGCAAGGAUGUGUUGGGCGGCGAGGAGAGGAUCAUCGACUAUCUCUGGGACCUGAACAAGAAGGGUAGCAAGCUAGUUGCCGAGAAGUUGGGCACACAGGUGCUAGAAAACAGCAAGGGCACGUUGACAAAUUGCUCCAUGGCGAACGUUGCGGUUCCUCUAUGGCGAGGCGACAAGAGCGAGGCCAAGGAGGGGGAUGUUGUGGUGCCGGCUGAGGAUGGAGAUCGCAUUGUGGUGUGGAUGAUGAGCACCAUGGCGAAGGAUUAUAAGACGAUUGUGCCUAUGUUUUGGCUGGGGAAGAGGUUCUGGGUGAGAAUCAGUGCGCAGAUUUACUUGGAUAUCAAGGAUUAUGAGUAUGGAGCGGAGACGCUGAAGAAGUUGGUGGAGAGGGUUGGCAAGGGGGAGUACAAGGCUUGAUCUGGGGGUGGUGGUUUGAAUGAUAGAUGGGUUAUGUGUGAAGUAGACAUAUUAGUUAUGCAUAAAUUAAAACCGUUGGUUGUGU